ACACAGAAACAUUGCACCAUCGGCCCUGCCUCUGCCUCUGCUACAUAAGUUGGUGAGAUUUCUCUCCUGUGAAGUACAGCAGCUGGACUGACAGGAUUGUCCCCUGGAAUGAUGUGCAGAGUGCUCUGGGUAAUGGUGCUGUCGCUCUGUGUUGCUCUGGGAAUGAUGACAAACCCAAAGAUUAUUCUCAGUCCGAGUCGAAUCAUGGUCGCAGUGGGCAGCUCAGUGCAGUUACAAUGUGCCAUUGUCAAUGGCAGUGUGCAACACCUUGGUGUAACGUGGAAUAUGGUGACAUCAGCUUCCAGCCCUGAGAUCCUGACACAUUCCCAAUCGGAUGGGGUUACCAAAGUUCACAGCAACAAUAAGAAAUUCCAAUCUUUCAGAGAUCUCAGACAUAGCAGCUACAUUCUCACCAUCAAAGACAUAGAGACCAGCGACAAUAGACAGUAUUAUUGUGACAUUGUUGGAAAGAACAUGCCCACAAGCAGCCAGAGGAUUACUGUAUCUGUACAAGGUAAAAGCUUUCCUGUGCUCACUCAGACACCGAUACUGAAUGUCACAGUGAGUCAAACCGCCCAGUUACACUGCUCUAUGCAGAAUAUCGAUUUGGGGGUGACUGAUGUGCACUGGUACCGACGCAGCCUGGCAGGUUAUCAGUGGAUUGUGACACACCGUGUGAGUGGAAAUGUGUUAGUGAAUGAAGAUUUUCAGGGCCAUUUUAAUUCGACCAGAAAUAACUCCGGUCUUGUUGCUACACUAAUAAUCACAAACAUUCAACCUGAAGAUGCAACUGUGUAUUACUGUAACGUGUGGUCCAAUGUGUACGGGACUGGGGCCCAGCUGAAUAUCAUCAAGGCUGAGAGUCAGGAUUUGUUUCCUAUUAUUCUGGGCUGUGUGCUGUGUAUCCUCGUGUUACUGGUCAUUGCUGUGAUUGUUGUCCUCUGUGUAAAACAAUGGGCCUGCUUCAGAACGGCAUCAACACCAAACAGGGAUACCAAUGAAGGAAAUGACAUCGUAUAUGCAACAGCUAGUGGUCGAACCCCAGCCAGCAAUUUACCAGCUGCUGUUCCUGUAGGGGUAAGUGAUGGAUCAAGAUGUGAAUAUCAGCAACAGGAGGAUGAUGGGCAGGUGCAUUACGCUGAACUCCAACUCCGACAGGUCACCCAGCGCCCACCCAGAACACAGACAGUGACUGACCCAGACUCGGAGUACGCGGCUGUCAAACACACAUAGUCUCCUGGAUGUAUCCAUCACUGUUGGUGCAGGCAACUGACUCUCGGGAUCCUAUGACGUGGAGGAACCGGGGUGGACAAAGUUAAAAAUCACACAACCCCAGGUUAG